GCCCACACUCCCUUCAUCCUGCCAUUACGCCUUACCUCGCUGACAACGUGCCCCCCUGUCAGCUUCUUCAACGGACUCUGCAGCUCGCAGAUCACGCAAUCCCCGGUAACAAACUCCGGCCACGCGCGCCCGUGCCGGGUCUUUCGCUGACCAGCGGGGCCCAGUCGUCAUCCUUCUUCCCCCACUCGCUCGACGCAGACCCAAUCCCAACAGAAAUCGCCGCAUGGCUCGCCGCUCACUUCGGAUCGGCCGAACGACCUCCUGGAUAUCGGGCUGCCCCACCCGAUGGUGUAUAAGGGACCCCGGCACUCGAUUCAUACCUCUCGCCUCGCUGUUACUCGCCCUCCUCGCCACAAUAUCGAUAAUUUUGCGCCGUCGCGGGGAAAACAGGGGCUGCCGCGGGGGAACUUCGGCUAGCCGUCAUCCGCGCCUCCAGUGUGGGCCUCAGGGCCUUCCCUCGGUUGCGAGUCGGGCGCUGGUGGCCUCGCCACCUAGAAUUGUCGCCGGGGACUUCACCAAUUGGUCGCCGGACCUCUCCUAUCACGAUCGAGCCGCCGCGCAGCGAGGGCGGACUUCCUCGGAGCUUAAUCUGCGAACCUUUUUGAACGAUCUAGGCUUCCUGGAAUUAGGAACGUGGAUUUGAUCUGCUCCUCCAAUGGCGACCUUUAGCAAGGCUAGCAGGUUGUGUGGUGCAGUGACUAUGCAACCAAAACAGCUGUGGAGUCUACUACUCUCGAGAAUCUUGCCUAAGCUGCUCGGUCUUCCUGGUAUUUUGCUGAAGAAAUUCCGAAAGGAAGGUGUGAUGGAAUUGGAUGCUGCUGCAUUGCCAGAGCUGCCACAGGAUGUGUUGAUGGACAUCUUUGGUACACUUGAGGUCCUUGACCUCAUCCGAGCAGGCUCAGUUUGCUCGUCAUGGCAUGCUACCUACAAAUGCUUGCUCGACCUGAGGCAAUACAAGCAACCCCAGACACCAUGCCUGUUCUACACUUGUGAAUCUGCCGGUAGCAACGUAGGGUUUCUAUACAGCCUCAAGGAAAAUAGGUCCUACAAGUUAACUCUACCGGAGCCACCCAUCCGCAGUAGGUUACUGAUCGGGUCCUCCAACGGUUGGUUGAUUACUGCAGAUGAGAGGUCGGAGUUGCACCUUGUGAAUCCCAUAACUGGAGAACAGGUUGCACUUCCCUCUGUGAUUACCAUAGAGCAUGUGAAUCCCAUCUUUGAUGCAUCAGGUACUAUCCGUAUGUACGAGUUGUCAUAUCAGACACCACCCGACCUGUUUGAUCUCGGUGAUCUGCGCGAUGAACUCUACUUCAAGGCAUUUGUGUUUCCCGAUCCAUCCACCACUGGAAGCUACAUCGUGGUUCUUAUUCAUGAGCCAUAUUCACGACUUUCGUUUGCACGACCGGGAGAUGACAAGUGGACCUGGGUUGGACAAGGUAGCCAAUAUAAAGACUGCACAUAUGUGGAUGGUCUUUUGUAUACAGUGAAUUACUCUGGAGAAAUUGAUGCGUUUGAUUUUACCGCGUCUCCUGUUAAAAUGACAGUAAUUAUGAAAGAGCUGAAGUAUCCUGUAUGUGAAAACAUGUACAUUAUUCAGGCUCCAUGGGGUGAUCUGCUGCAUGUUUGGAGGACUAUUGACGUUCCACCCAAUGCUCCGCAGUGGGUCCCUGGAGAAUGCAUGUUCGAAACCUUAAAAAUACAAGUGCAUAAAGUGGACUUGGAAGCAAAGCAACGAGUGGAAAUAAACAGGUUGCAGUGUGAUAGUGUUUUAUUUCUUGGCCACAACGAUUCACUUUGCCUUAGUGCUCAAGUACAUCCAGAACUCAAGUCAAAUCAUGCAUACUUCAGUGACGAUUUGAAAGAAGUGGCUGUUUCAUUAAAAAAUUGCAUGCGUGAUAUGGGAGUUAUGGACUUGGAAAAUAGUGUCAAGAAGGAAAUUGUCUCUCAAAUUUGGUCCAACUGGCCCUGUCCCACUUGGAUAACACCCAAUCUUAUGAAGCUGAAUCAGGCAUUCAACAGAUAGCUUUUUAGGUAUUAUUAUUUAGUACCUUUGUUUUGUUAUUUUUGUAUCGAAAAUGGUGUAAUUGAUAUUAUGAUAAAAGAAUUGUACGUCAUACAAUGGUCAUUCUACCUAAUAAGAUGUGUAGCGGUA